UCGGGACCGUCGAAGAGUGAUCGGAGGAAAGUCUGGUCUGCAUCUUCUUAUUUAUCUCGGACGCCUCUGGCUCGUCCUCCAAAGUUCCAAUCCCCACCUCCCCCGACCGUCGCCGUCCCACCAGCUGCCCCGAGCAGCGGCCAUGGUGAAGCCCAAUGGCGUCGCCAAGGCCACGACGGCCUCUGCCGGCGCGGCGGCCGGGCCGUCCAAGUCGAAUCCGUCCACCCCGGGAUCGGUCAAGACCUCGAAGUUCAAGAAGCAGAAGGCCAAGGCCAACCGGGUGAUGGCCGCCGCCGCCGCCGCCACCGCCGCCGCCACUGAAGUGGUCGCCUCGGUGGGUGCAGGCACUGAUGGUGGCGGUGCACCUGCGUCGGCUGCCAUGCCACAUCCAGUCACUAUUGCUGAGGCAUCACCUGUGCUACCGGUCCUGAGGCCAGCCUCUGAUGUUGAGGGAUCGGUGCCUGCACCAACGCCAGCCACUGCUGAAGCAUCAGCAUCAGCAGUUAAGCCAAAGCUGGCUGCUGCUGCUGCUGCCAUCCAGGGCAAGGGCGUGGGUGCUGAUAAUAGUGGCGGUAAUGGCAUGAUGAAGAGCAGAAAAGAGAGGGCUAAGGAGAGGGCUAUGAAUGGAAAGGGGAAGAUGGUAGAGGAGGAUGGAGGGAGGAAGGGAAAGGGGAAGAAGGCUGUGGGCAAGAAGGAAGAAAGAGGUGACAGUAAGGGAGCAGGGUUUAUAUUUAUGUGCAAUGCUCAGACUAAGCAGGAGUGCUACCAGAACCGCUUGUUUGGGCUGCCCAGUGGGAAGGUUGGAAUGGUCAAGAAGAUCAGGCCAGGGGCAAAGCUGUUUCUGUAUGAUUUUGACUUGAAGCUUCUGUAUGGUGUGUACAAGGCAGCAUCAAAUGGUGGGCUGAACCUUGUUCGAGAAGCUUUUCGUGGGAAGUUUCCCGCACAGGUUAAGUUUAAGAUUGAUAAAGAUUGUCUUCCUCUCCGUGAAAGUAGUUUCAAGCAUGCCAUUAAAGAAAAUUACAGUGCAAGGAGCAAAUUCGACCCGGAGCUCAACUCAAGACAAGUCCAUAAGCUAAUUGCGCUAUUUAAGCCUGUCAAUGUACCUCAGUCAGUUCCAAAUAACUACCUUGAAGAAAGACGCCGCUAUGAAGAACGAAGGCAGCCAUAUCAUUUUGAAGAAAGGCGGCCUUCAUUGCCUAUUGAAGAAGUGCGUCAGCCACGGUUUGAUGAGGAAAGGCGCCCUGUGGUUAUACAUGUUCCUCCCCUUGAGGAUCCAUAUAGGGCACCACGCUUUGCUCACUUUCCUGUUGAGUCUCGACUUGGCCAUUCUUUGGCUACUGUUCAGGAUGAUCAUCGCAUAUAUUAUCAACCGGCACCUCUUGCACCUGAGCCUCAACAUAUUCCUCUUUCUCUAGAGCCCCGCCAUGUUCCACUGGCUCUAGAGCGUCACCAUGUGCCUUCUGUACCAGAGCCUCGACAUGUCCCACCUGCAUAUUAUGACACUUUGGCUCCAUCUGAUGAUCCGUACUAUCGGCCUGUAGUGGAUCUGGCACCUGAGCGUUAUGCUGACAGGACUGUGGCUGACAUAACUGCUAGGGAUCCAAUCAUUCCAAGGGAUCAUACAGCACUGCCAGGUGAGAUAUCUGCUCGCAUGGACCGUUUGGAGGAGCUCUACCGGACUGGGGGGAUUGCUGCUCGUGCUGAUCGUGUGGCGAUCGCCACUCGAGCUGAUCGAUUGGAGGACCUCUACCGUUCUGACCAACCUAUUAACCGUGCUGUGGACCUCCCGCGUCAUUCAACCUAUCUUACAGCUGCUUACGGGACUAACCCUGCUUAUGCUGAAACAAACCAAAGGGCUGUCUCUGCAAGGAUUAAUGCACCCGGUGUGCCAGUUUCGUCACUCUAUUCCUUCUCUGGUGGGCCAGUAUAUCGGUAAUUAGCGCUCAACAAGUCGUACCCAAACUAUCAAGUCAGGAUGUUCGUCGCUAUAAUUGCAACUGUUGUUUACCUUAGCUUCCGUUCUAUAUUUCCUUUAACAUCUUUCAUUGGAUGAAUGGUAUUCAGUAUUAAACCUUGUUCAUCUAAGCUGUUGGAUUA